AUCAGGUCAGCACCUCGUUAUUUCAUUGAUUUACCGUGACGAUGGCCGCUGCAGCAGCCAAAGCAGUGGGCUUUGCCAAAGAUGUAGCACCAUUGUACUACAGGAUACUAUCAAGAUUUCCCCAAAACCUCUCUUUCUGCUUUGCUUACGGAUCAGCUGUCAAACCUCAAACUGGUAACCAGUCAAAACAGAGUAUGAUAGACCUCAUCUACUGUGUGGAGAACUCGUUCCGGUGGCACGCCGCCAACAUGGACCAAAACCCUACACAUUACUCAGCACUCAAAUAUCUUGGUAAAGGAUUUGUUGCAAGAUUCCAAGAGAACUGGGGAGCCAAAGUGUACUUCAACACGCUAGUGGAGCUUAAGGAAGAGAAUGUCAUGAUCAAGUAUGGUGUGGUCUCACAGAAAGAUCUAAUAGCGGAUCUUCUAGAUUGGAAGGACUUGUACCUGGCGGGGCGCCUGCACAAGCCGGUGGAGAUCAUCAAGCAGACAACAAGCUCCCAGCUGCAGACAGCCCUGCAGAGCAACCUGCGCUCCGCCGUGCACACCGCGCUGCUCACGCUGCCCGAGACAUUCUCAGAGUAUGACUUCUACUUUGCCAUCUCCAACUUGAGCUACGCUGGUGAUUUUCGAAUGACAUUUGGGGAGAACAAAAACAAAGUGAAGAACAUUGUCCAGCCCCAAUUGUUAAACUUCCGUGAGCUGUACCGGCCAAUCUUGCAACAAUUCCAUGUGUAUGUGGACUUCUCCACUGGCGAUACUCAGUGCCACCAGGAUGUGCACCCGGAGACCAAGCUGCACCACCUCAUGCAGCUCCCGAUGGAGCCGCAGCAGAGGAUCGUCAAGUUCUGGAACAAGGGCGGGCCCCAGCAGGACAUGGAGGAUGUGCUGCGGGCCAUUGCUCACGACAUAGACUGUGCUGUCAUCAUUAGACAAAUCCUCAAGGACUUAGUGUGGCAGUCUAGUGUUAGACAGAGCCUGAAAGGAAUUCUUACUGCAGGAUUCCUAAAAUCAAUUAGAUAUAGUGCUAAGAAAAUUGCUAAAAUGUUUUAAAUUUAAUUUAGCCAAAUUUGCACAUGUAGGUCACAUAUUAGAGUGCAUAAUGCACAAUACAAUGAAUAUUGUAAAUAAAAUCAUUUUAAUUUAAUUAAAAA